UUUGAAACGAAUCUGUUGUUUCCUGUCUCACAGUAAAAAAAGUACCUCCAUAACGUUACUAAGAAGCGUGGAUUUUCAAUAGAAAUGUUGCGUUUAUGUGGAAGUUGGAAGAAAUGCAUUCUCUGCGUGAAUUAAGAGAACCCUGUUUAUAUGUGGUGGCCUGAGAUAUAAUAAUCAUUCAACAUGGUUAAAGAACAGAAAUGCAUUCUUUGUGAAACUGUCUACAGCUCCAAACAGGAGAUGGAAGAGCACAUGAGAAGUAUGCUGCACCACCGGGAGCUGGAGAAUCUGAAAGGCCGGGACUGUGGACACGAGUGCCGGGUCUGCGGCAUAACGGAGGUGAGCCUCACCGACUAUGCUAGUCACAUCUCCAGCCCUUUACAUAAACAGCACGUUGAGGAUCCGAAGAACCGGCCCACAAACGAAGACCAAGAUGAAGAGUACUUUGACAAGGACAUUGUGCAGCUUAUCGAGAAACGCAAGGAAAUGAUCAGGAACGAAGAGGCUUCUGCAAAGCAGGCUAAAGAAGAGCAGGGGCAACAGAGGAGGUGGCAAGAGCUUCGGAAUCAGUGGCAUGGGCCAAGGCCUUUUAUGUACCAGCAGUGUGGCCCCUGGGACCGGCCCUAUCCCAACUUUCCCCAGAUGCCCAAAAGGGGCAGAGGCUCCAAUUGGCAGAAUUUGAGAUUUUCAUCCCCUGAACGUGGCAAAAGGUUCAACCGAGAUGUUAGGUGUGCCACGUGGCAUGCUGAAGGACCGCCUAACUUGCAUAAAUGGGAAUCUGUUGGACAUCAGGGAGGGAGUUUGCACAACCAAGGACACUUCUGGGGUGGUAGACAAAGUGGCUAUGGAGUCUGCCCUCCACAGCUGAGAAAUCAAUUUUCCUGGCACAACAACCAGUUUAAUGUCCCUUGGAAGGGACAAUAUAUGUCACCACCUAGGUUCUUUAAACCGUCUGCCAAUGAGCCUCAGAAGACACCCAGCAGCUCUGAGAAUCAGACACCGGGUGAACAGGGUCUAGAAGAAUCUGGUGGAGAGCAUGAUCCUAACAAAGGUAAGGGUCAGAAGUCAGAGAAGGCUCACCGAUGGGCACCAUAUCCACCAGCUAAACUUGGGGAUCCUUCAUCUCAGACUAACCCUCAGCCAAUGUUAGAUAAGUCAGAUGUGGAAUCUCCUCAACUCUCUAAGGCACAAAGUUUCAAAGAUGGCAGUCUGGACAUGGAGAGGAUAUCCCUGGCAGACCAAAAAAAUUGCCAGUAUAAACCCACAGAACAUAAAGAGAGUGAUUGCAGGGAGCAGAAGAGUUCCUUCAAGAACACUGGCAAUACUAUUAUGGCUAGUUUUACCUACCCCUCCACCUCCACCACUAGGAAAACAGAGAAGCCCAACAAGCUUGCUGAAGAUGGUUCAAAAAUGAAUCUCGGACAAACAGGAAGCCAAGACUUUGUUAGCUCCAAAGGUUUUAAUCAUUCCCAUUCAAGCUCUGAAUUCCCACAACAUGCCACUUCCAAUGCAGAGCAAGAUAGUCUGCUGUCAGAGAUGCUGCGAAAAGCUAAAGAGACAUUGCUUAAUAGAAAUAACCCUAAUGACGUAUCUGGUACAGAGAACUGCCUCAGACCAUCAAAAGCUGUGCCUCAGAUGAAAGAGCAAGUAGAGAAUUCAGAAUUAAACAAGAAUCAAAAAUUACACGAGAGUAAGAAGAAACUGAACAAGAACAAAGGUCAAGAAAAGUUGGGUUUUGUGAGACGCUUUAGCAAUGAACGAGAGCAGUUAACCGGUACUGAGACCGCAGUACAAUUUGGCAAUGUGCGCAGUGACUCUAGGCCGUCUCUGCAGUCCUUACAAGUUAGUACCUCCACUAUGGACCACGAAGAUGAGGACUGUGGUGAAAUGGAAGAUCCUCACUUACCAGUACAAGAUCAAGUCAUGGACACACUGGAUGAAGGUUUGUGCUCAGCUGGUGAGGGGUCCCACAGCAGCCCGUCCCAACAAACUGCAGGUGGCUCUGUGCCCUCUCUAAGUAAGCUUGCAUUGCCUGCAUGUCUCCAAAGGGAUCUGAGCCGUCAUAUUGGCCCCAAAGGCAAAGUGGCAUCCCAUGAACCCAACUUGAAUAUUGCCAGACGUAUUAGAAAUGUGAGUGGCACAAGAAAAAAUGAGACUGAGAAGGACGCAGGACUUAAACCCACCUUGCGACAGCUGAUUAGUUCCGCUGGCUCAAGGCGGAAUGUAAACUGGGACCAGGUCUACCAGGAAGUCAACCGGAAGAAGCAGACCAAGGGCUUACCAAGAUUUGGUAUAGAAAUGGUGCCCUGUGAACCUGAGGGUCCGAACCAAAUGGAUGAUGAUGUACCUCUUUCUGAGGGCUUUCAUUGGGACUCUCUGUUUGAAUUUGGUCAAGUGCCUUCCCGCAAACGAAGCUUGUCUGAAAGCAAUGUGGUCAAAGAAAGCCCUGCUGGGACCAGCUCCCUCCCCAAAGCUGUAGACCCAGUGAGGGACUCUCCUGCCUGUGGCCCCUCAAAGCCACAGACGAGAGAGGAGCUGCAGUCCACAGGUCGUUUGGAGAAUCAAGUUUCGAAAGGGCCUUCUAAGGGCCCUGAGGAAGUUGAAGACGACGGUGGUUGUAUAUCAGAGUCUGAACUGAUUGACACUCAAGGAGCUGGGAAGAAACGCAGAGCUCCUGGGGAUGUUGUGUCUCCAGAGAUUCCUAAUGAAGAUAGGAAAAACAAGAGGCAAAAAAUUAAGGCUAAGAAAGAACGCUCGCAAGUGGAUCAGUUGCUGGCUGUUUCUCUACGUGAGGAGGAGCUUAACGGCUCUCUUCAGGCUGUGGACAACAAUCUUAUUCAGGCACGUGCUGCCCUGCAAGCUGCCUAUUUGGAAGUACAGCGCUUGCUUUUGGUCAAACAACAGGUAACGAAUGAGAUGAACUCUUUGAGAACCAAGCGCAUUGAAAUUCUUCAAGGAAUGCAAGGUGAAUUUGAAUCAAAAGAAAGAGAGAGGAACAUUGAGGGGAUCUUAACGUCUUCAUCAACCCAGGUUUCUCAGAUCACUGCCAAUCCUGUUCCCUCAACAACAGCUGCUCACACAUCCUCUUUAACCUCUUCACUGCCUGUUGCCAUCAAACAGGAGCCCAUAUCUCAGUGUAACCCCAUUCCUGAGCCUAACCUUGUCAAAAGCCCCCUUCCAGCACCUCAAAGUAUAGCACCUGUCAAAACUGUGUUUGCAGCUUGUCAAACAGAUACUACCUUCAACGCUAAGAUAAAGACUUCACAAGAUGCCACAAGUAUGGCUUUGACAGCAGCUUCCUCAGUUCACAGAUUACAGUCGUCACCCGUCAAAGAAAUUCAUCAAAAUUUUAGCUCUCAAGAGGGGUUAGCCAACCCACCUUCCUCUUUAAUGCCUGCAACCCUCUCUCCUAAGCCACUGUCUCCCUCUAACCACGUAGAAACUAAUCCAGUUAAGCGUGUUCGAAAGUUAAAGAAGAGAAAGUGUCUUAAUAAAGCAAAGUUGAACGAGCAGCCUGAAAUCAGCGAAUCUGAGCUUGAUGCAGAGCAGCCCACUCCUCGACCAAGCCGCAAGUGCCGACCUCAUCGGCGAUCCAGCAGCACCUGCGUCUCAGCCCCCACACCAGAAGAGAAUGAAGAGAUGGUGGUGACCGAAGCUUCAAAGGCACAACCACAGGGAGCCAAGCUAGCAACACCGCCAGUGAAUGAAGAUCACUCCCAAUCCUCUGAACUGGAGAUUGUGGAGCUUCCCCCACCUGAUGUUGAUAUUGUCAAUCUAGAUUCUUCAGACCCAGAUGAGAUGCCUGAAAAGAAGGCCAAGGAGUCAGCCGCUGCAAAUACAACAGACCAUGCUGUCACAGACCCUCAAAAUCUUGCCUGCAAUGAAGUCACCUCCACUAGUGAAAUUGAUACUAGCAGUAUAGUCAAGACUAGUGAAAGUGAAAUAAAAUCAGUCUCAGUGUUGGAGUCCAAGGUACCUUCAGAUAUAUCAGAUCCUGGGGAGGAGGAGGUGCCAACAGAAGGGGAGUUUGAAGGCCAUCAAGAGGCCGUGAAUGGAAUGCAGAUCCAUAACGGACUGCUCUACACUUGCUCAGGGGACCGCACUAUACGCACUUUCAAUCUGAUCAGCCGGAAGUGUAUGGCGGUGUUUGAAGGUCACAGCAGUAAAGUGAAUUGUCUGUUGGUGUCAUGUGGAGGAGGCCUGCAACAGCGCCUGUACUCAGGAUCAAGUGACCAGACCAUCCGCUGUUACAACCUCAAGACGACGGAGUGUGUGGAACAGCUGUCUCUCCCAGAUCGAGUGCUUUGUCUUCAUAAUCGUUGGAAAAUUCUCUAUGCCGGUCUUGCCAAUGGCUCUGUGAUCACCUUCAGUCUUAGGAACAAUAAGCAGCUGGAUGUGUUCGAGUGCCACGGCCCGCGGGCUGUAAGUUGCUUGGCGACGGCUCAGGAAGGGGCUCGACGUAUCCUGCUGGUUGGCUCUUAUGACGCCACCAUCAGCGUUAGAGAUGCUAAGAGUGGCCUGCUGCUGCGAACGCUGGAGGGCCACAGCAAAACUGUGCUCUGCAUGAAGGUGGUGAAUGAUUUGGUGUUCAGCGGCUCGAGUGACCAGUCUGUACAUGCUCAUAAUAUUCAUACAGGAGAACUGGUGAGGAUCUAUAAGGGUCAUAGUCAUGCCGUCACUGUGGUGGCCAUACUGGGAAAGGUGAUGGUCACCGCAUGCCUGGACAAACUGGUCCGUGUGUACGAGCUCCAGUCUCAUGACAGACUUCAAGUAUACGGUGGACAUUCAGACAUGGUGAUGUGUAUGAUCAUCCACAAGAGCAUGAUCUACACAGGCUGCUAUGAUGGGAGCGUGAGAGCUGUCAGACUGAACCUGAUUCAGAACUACCGCUGCUGGUGGUACGGUUGUACGCUAAUCUUUGGUGUGAUGGAGCACCUGCAGCAGCACCUGCUGAACGACCACACCAGCCCAGCACAGCAAACAUUCAAAUGCCGCUGGAGAAACUGCGACACCUUCUUCACCACCCGUAACGGCUCCAAACAGGCAGUGCAUUGUCACAUGCAGAAACAUGCUGAGGACGACAGUAAAAUGGAGCCAUGAGGGGCCAAGGCAAUUUCACAGACAUAGUCUCCUCUUUUCCCAUAUUGGGAAUGUCUCAUUCAGCCCUCACCAGAGGAGCCCUGUUCAUGGGCAUAUUUUUAUAUGAUCCAUCAGGUACCAACAAACUGCCACUGAUGCCACAAUUUAAACAAAGAUGGUUGAUUUUAAGCUCUGAGAAAUUGGUUUUAAGUUUAAAAAAAAAAGACAAGUAUUAUUGCAAUUUCAAACAAAAAGAAAAGCAUUUCUCUUUAAGUGGAUUUGAUUUGUUGGUAUUUUGACGAGAGGAGGUUUUUUACACGUGCCCUCCUCUCUUUCACUUCUAUCUGAAGUGUGAAAUAUGCUCAAUUCUUUUAUACUGACGUGGCAUUGCUCUGAUACUCUCCUGGAAGGGAUUGAUUUCUGUAUCAGACGCUCAUCUGAUCAUACACCGUAUCGUAUCAUCAGCUCUGAGAUUUACUGACCAAAUAAAGACAGAAACUGUGGGAAACAUUUGGGUACCGGUGCAGCCAAAGAGGUGCGGCAGCUCCCUCAGCAAACACGUAUAGCUCACUAUUGUGUGUGCCGUAUGACUUUACAGAUCUUCUGAUGUGGAGUGAAUUCAGAAAGCAUGAGACUUGUGUCGAGCAACCAGAUUUUAGUGUUGUAACGUUGCAGGCUUUUAUGAAGGACAAGGUCAAAUCAAUUUUCCAGUUACAUGGUAUUAAAUACCUGUCAAAGCAAUCUGUUAUUAUGGGACAUUUACAUUUCAAUAUGGUUUACAAAUACAAAAAUCAAUUUUAGUCAAGUUGUGUCUGGUGAUUUUUAUUUGGUUUUCUUUUUUGAAUCGAUUUCCAAGAAUUUUUAGUUUUUUGGGUUUCUCACCAAUGGUGAAGUUAAGUUGAAGGAUUCAGGUUUGCCGUGACUCUUCAGUCUUCAGUUGAAAUGUGUGCUGUGCUGUUGACAGAGACUGUAAUGUGGCAGUUGGUGUGCGUAAGCCUUUGAAAACAAACGUGAAUGUGUGAACGAGAAGACAAGAUCAUUUUAUUUUCCUUAUUUUUUUCUGUAGAGAAGAAGUUUGGUUUUUUCUUUAUCUUCACAGUAUUUUGUGGCAUUUGUGCCAUUGAGAUUUGUAGUUUUAUGCAAGUCCAGGAGGGUCCUCACACAGGAAAGUACCUUUAUUUUGCUGCGUGAGAGUGAAAGUUGUAGGGGUGAUAAACAUGGGAGGUAUUUUUGUGCAGUGGGGAGUGUAUUACUUCACUUCCUAUAAUCCUCAGCCCUGUUAUGCACACACAAACCAAAACUUAGUGUAACCAUAAACUGCAAACAUCUUAAUAUCCUAACUUGGUUUUGUAGGUUUCUGAUGUAAGAUUUUAUAUACAGUAACAGUACUCUUAUGUUGAAAUGGAACCUUUUACUACCCCUGAAGAGUUGUAUUUUUUUAACUAUAUAUGGUCACUUUUUUCUGUUUUUUUUAGUUCUCUCAUAAUGGAUAAAUUUAGUUUGUUUUUUCACCAAGUCAUAACCUUUGAAACGCGUCUCAGCUCUUUUGCUAUAGUUGUGUGUUGCUGAGGAGAGAUUUGCAGCCAACCUCUUACCUGGUAUUCCCAAGUUUCUCACACUUGUUCAUUUCAAAUACUGUUAAAAUCUUUAUAGACAUUUUGUACACAUGCUAUUGAAACAAAAAGAAAUAAAAAAGCUAUACUGUG